AUGUUGAAACACAAGGCCAACUACAAGAAGAAGCUGAGUUUAAAAGUUCAACAUGAGUGCAAAUACAUAACUUAUGGCUUCGCACUUGCAGUACAAUAUUGGAGGUAUGAGGCAAUUUUAGAGAUUGGGAAGAGGUAUGACACUAAUCAUGGGAUUCAGUUUUCGAGGAUGCUUAACUGGACGAGUAAGGGAGAGAUAGGGAAGAAGGAGCUCAAUGCAUUAUUUUCUAGACGGCAACUUGAAGUGAUGAAGAGGCUACUUCCACGCCCAGAUAAGGACGAAUAUCAUUAUUACCAGUUGGACAGUCAUCCAAAGUUAGUAGCUAUUUCGAUAGCUGAGAUGGCCGAGAAGUACAAAACACGAAAGAAUAUUAGAUUGCAACACUUCAGAGAAUAUUACAAAAACCCAGAAGACUUUGAAAAUGCAGUGAAGAACCCUCCCAAUGAACUUAAUGAAGACCAAUGGCGACUAAUAUGUGAAUUGUUCACAACUCCUGAUUUCAUUCAACGGUCGAAGCAAAACUCUAUCAAUCGACAGAAGAUGAAAUUCUCUUCAACAACAGGGUCGGUAACUAUGGCUGAGAUUCUUCGUCAAAAACAAGGAAAGGGUUACAUUGAGACUUGGAAAGAAUGUCAUACUAAGAAAGACACCAACACCUUCUUCAUCAAUGAAAUUUGCCAAAAAUAA